AUGUCAUCUUCCUUAAACACCAAGCGCGAAUCGCUCCCCACUGCUGGCAGUGUUUUCUUUGUCUCUUCCACUGGUCGUGUUCUUAGAUUACCUAUUCCCAGCAGAUCGCAUCGUGAUCCACUUACAUGGUCAUGGACGAAAAGACUUCUUGCUUUUUGGGCUCUGUUGACAGUCUCCAUCACCUCGUCUUUUGCGCUGAACCUUCCUGGUCUAUUGAUCAGGGCGAUUCGAUAUGAGUUUAAUGAAAAGGCUGCGAGCCCGUUUGGCGUCGAGUCGUUAUCUUCGGCAAUGACCCUAUUCCAUGGCUUGGGCAUUCUAAUCGGCAUUCCUUUGUCCAAAGCACUUGGUCGACGUCCUAUUGUAGUAAUUGCAGCUGUAAUUACAUGUCUCUCGAUACUAUGGGCUGGCCUUGCUGGAACAUUUGCUGAGUUGCUGGUCUCGGUCAGCUUUCAGGCGCUGGCAGCUGGAUUCGUUACUGGCAUGAUCGUUCUAAUUUUAAUCGAUGCGAGCUUUAUCCACGAACGUCCGACCGUCCUUACACUAUUCUGGUGCCUCGAUUGUUGCUUCAUGAAGCUAUACACCUUGGUAUUGCCAUACACCACAGACUUGGAGUUUACAUGGCGAAGCGUAUAUCAAGUCUGGUUUGGGCCAUGUUUGGUGGCACUUUUCCUGGCCAUAGUCUUCAUACCAGAAACCUACUUCCUUCGGCCACCUGUUGCGCUUGACGGAAGGGUUCUUGUACAGAGCAGUUCUGAAAAAGUGCAGAUCUACGGCGGUUGGGACGAGUUGGAAGCUCAAAAUGGAAAACCUCUUCCUGACAUCCCAUCAACCAAAUCCUUCUGGUCCCACUUCAAAGUCAAGAAGGCACGAGAAACGAGUUGGGAGUCAUGGGUGGCCACAUACGCACAGAUGGGCUUGUGUCUUCUGAACCCGCUUACCUUUUGGGUAUCAUUGCUCUCAGGAGCAAUGCUUAGCGGCGUUCUCUUCUUGAAUCUCACACAGCUCUCUGCCAUCAUGUCAGAAGGAGGAGACAAAGAUGAGAGAACAGUCAAUGCGUUCCUUCAACUCUCGGGCCUCAUUGGUUCAAUAUUGGCUAUUCCAGCUUCGGGACCUCUUGCUACAUGGUUCCUCCGUUACUACACCUUCAGGAGAGGCGGUGUUCGUCAUGCCGAAGUUUAUCUCGCUCUGUUCGCCAUUCCUGUUGUUACAGGACUUAUCAGCGUUCUAAUCAAUGGUCUUACAAUAAUGCAAGGCUGGUCCUCAUCUUGGAUUUAUAUCACCUCUGCGCUGAGCUUAAUUAGCUACUUGACAGGUAGCGUCGCAUUUACACUCUGGAUCACGGAGGCGUUUCCUAAAUGGGCAGCAGCAGCUAUAGCUGUGCAUCUAUUCACGAGUAAUAUGACCGGGUUCGGAAUUGGGACUAUUAUAUCGCCUUGGGUGGAACAAGACAAUAUCCUGGAGCCGACUGUUCUUAUUUCUGUUUUGACCACUGUUUUAGGAGCUAUGGCUGUUCCUGCGGCUUUUUGGGGGCAGACAGUCAGGCAGUAUAUUCAGGGGAGGUGGAGUGAUUCUGAGAAGACUGCUCUCCGGCCGCAGUAG